UCCAUCUCUCCCUCUCCCUAGCAAGUCAACGCCCCCUCUCUCUCCUCCUCCUCCACAGGCCAAGACCUCCAGAACGCGGCUAAUGGAGGGCGAUCUGGGGUGGUUCUGCGGCAGCGGAAGCAACAACUGGGACCUUCACGCCGUCGUGCGCUUCGCCUGCAGCGGCAGCGGCCGCGUCACCCCGCCGUCGGCCUCAAACGACACCUUCUCCUGGCUCAACACGCCGUCGGCGUCGGAGGAGUCCUCCUCUGGGCUGCCCCCGCUGCAGCCGCAGACGGACCAGAUCAUGGACGCCGCCGCGUCGCAACCUCUCCUGGCCGACCUGGCCGUCGACGACCUCUGCCUGCAGGCUUUCUUCGCCUCGCCGAAGCCUGAGACGCCGCAGCCAUCGUCACCAACAAACGAAGCGCCGCCGGCUCAGCGGUCUCCUGCCGACGGGCCGCCCGGCAAGCCGCGAGCAUCCGGCCGCGCCGGCGGAGGAGGGCCCACUCGGUCCAAGAGAAAGAGCAAGAAGAGCCAGGUGAGCAAGGAGGUGACGCGGAUUCCGGUGGGCGGGCCGCCGGCGGACCUGUGGGCGUGGCGCAAAUACGGGCAGAAGCCGAUCAAGGGGUCGCCGUACCCGCGCGGCUACUACCGGUGCAGCACCGAUAAGGACUGCAAGGCGCGGAAGCAGGUGGAGCGCUGCCGCGCCGACCCGGGCACCUUGAUCGUCACCUACACCGGCGACCACAGCCACCCCGUCCCGCUCCACCGCAACUCCCUCGCCGGCACCACGCGCAACAAGGCGCAGCCGCCGCCGUCGUCCCCGUCCCCGGCAGAAGAGGCUCCGAAGCCGGAGGCCGCACUGUCCACCGCGUCGGCAGCCACCGACACCACCAAGUCGCAGGGCUCGCCGUGUGCGUCCACCGGGCUGUCGCCCAGCACGCCGCUGUGCUCGCCGUCGCUGGGAGUAGAGUACAAGGACGACGAAGACGACGACGCCAUCCCCGUCGGGAUGCUGCUUGAGGGUGCGGAUAUGGAGCGCGAUGACGACGUGCUGCUGUACCUCAUGCCUGAGGAGACCGCUCCGGGUCCGGGCAACGGCAGCGGUUGCGAGACGUCAUGCUAUUCCUGAAGCCCGACGAGGCCCCUGCAACAAACGAGCACCGGUAGGACGGACGGCGGCGACGAGGAGGCCCUGAUCAUGAACAUCGAUAUCGGCGAGGAGAAGUUCUCUAUCUCGGGCCUCUCGGCAUGGGAGGCCGCAUCGGUGGCGGCGACGAGCAGCUGGGGCUGACUUGGUCGUAUGCUUCGGCCGCCAUGAUCGAAUAUCAUGCUGUGUGGAUCUUGGCUUGUUUGCAUCAGGACCUUGCAUCUCUGCAGUAUGUAGUAGCAGUAGCAUUACAUAGUGAUACUAGGUUUUUUUACUGGUCCUUAGAUGGGUGCAAAAGGGUACCACAAUUUUUGUACCUAGGUACUGAAGUUUGGUAUCUUAGACAUGUAAUAUUUUUUAUGUAUGUCUCAUUACCUUUUUAACGGAUAGUAAAAAGCUGAACUGACGAAACUAAGCAGGGUUUCUUUCAUCAA